CAUGAGCAACAUAACUUGCAAGGCACGAUGAACUCAACCACAAAACAAGAUUCUAGUGAACGCUGAGUUCAUCAAGUUUUCAGUUUGUUUCUUGCAAGGCAUGACAAGCCUUCAUACUCUCUCUCUUUAGCUUUACCUCCAUUGCUCAUCUCAGCCCUAACUAUAUAGAGACGCUUUUUUAACAAACAUACGUUGCAGAAUAAAGGUGACAAGAUCAGAGCAGAGCAAACACAAAGACCCAAAAAAAAAAAAACAAAAAAAAAAAAAACAAAACAAGGCCCUGCAAGAGAUGGGGAUGAAACUCAGACUUGGUGAUUCCAAAGAGCAUGAUGAAGAAAAGCACCCACUUCUGUUAAACAUGGCGGUGCCAGAAGCUGAGAGGAGCCUGAUUCAGAAAGCCAUGAACCAGACAUUUCAGAGCUCAGCUCAUUUGGCGAAUCUUCUGCCUACAGGCUCGGUACUUGCUUUCCAGCUUCUGUCACCAAUCUUCACAAAUCUAGGAAUAUGUGACUCAGUGAGCCGGUUCAUGACUGCAGGACUUGUAGCUCUCUGUGGAGCCUCGUGCUUCUUGCUAUGCUUCACCGAUAGCUUCAGAGACUACAAGGGAAACAUAUGUUAUGGCUUUGCCACUUUCAAUGGCUUGUGGGUUAUCGAUGGAUCAACCACACUUCCACUUGAACUUGCUGCAAAAUAUCGCCUGAGGUUUAUAGAUUUCAUGCAUGCAGUAAUGUCAGUACUAGUAUUUGCUGCAAUUGCGAUGUUUGAUCAGAAUGUGGUCAACUGCUUCUUUCCGGAACCAUCAAACCAGACACAGGAGGUCCUCACAUCAUUGCCUGUGGGCAUAGGCGUUAUUUGCAGCAUGUUGUUUGUUGUAUUUCCAACACACAGACAUGGAAUUGGCUUCCCCCUUUCCACAAACUAAUAAGUUUUGAGUUCUUUUUUGUAUCUUUGUAUCACUUGCCCUUGGAGCACAUUCAGGAAUUUGACAGGUUAUUGAAAUCAGAACCACAGCUAUUUUAUGGAUUUUUUUGUUUGGAACAAAUUAUACAAUGAGUCAAAAGAUUUGUACAUUAUAGAAUGCAUUAUAGAGUAUAGA